UUUUAGAUAUACAUCUGUCGUUAAUGAAAUCAACACCUGGACAGUACAUAAAGUCCCUCUGUAGUGAGAAGGUGUAGUUCAACAGAUCUGCAGGACUUAACUGUUCAUCAUGAUGAAGCUGCUUCUUUCUCUGACUCUCAUCUGGGCGCUCUCCAGCACAGGUGAAGCACUUGAGUGUUAUUCUUGCACAACUAGUGCCUGUACAACAUCACUGACAUGUUCCUCAGAGACGAUGUGUAUAACAGCUGCCAUUGAAGCCACUUCAGCUGGAACUCCAGGACAGCAAAUCUUCAAGGGGUGUGCAUCGUCCUCCUUGUGUCCAGCCACGGGCUCUUUCACAUACUCAGUCAACCUGGGUGUUUCUGCCAGUGCACUUGCAUCUGGUUUCUGCUGCAACACAGAUAAGUGCAACUCAGCCAUUCUAGCUGCACCUGCUGUUCCGGCAGCUAACAGCCUUCAGUGUAACUCUUGUAACCCCCUCACGUCUCAAUGUAAUAAUCCAGUACAAUGCAAGGGGACAGAGGAUCGCUGCUUUCAAGCUACUGUAACAAGUGGGUCGACCACUACUUCAGUCCUUGGCUGCGUAUCUUCCAACAUGUGUGACGCUGCUGCCAACCAGGGACAACUGCCUUUUGUACAAAGCUUUGGUAACGUCACCGGAUCAGCCUGUUGUGGGACCAAUUUAUGUAAUACUGUUUCAACGACAACAACAACAUCUGCUGCCAGUGACACCUGUCGUAUCAGACUGACAAUGAUCCAUCUGCUGAUCGGACUCCUUGUCUUUACCCUCUAUUAGGGCCGAAGACUAAAAAUGGUCGAAGGACCUUUGAAGCCACCAGAAGACUCUGAGGACCUUGUCUGGUCUCGGGUUUACUCCCUCUAACCUUUAGUUGGCAGUUACAGAGGCGACAAUGGACUCAGAGGCUAAUCAUGAAAACACAACAAAUGGGAAACAACAGCUUUAAUUUACUUGUACAGAUUUUUUCCUCAAACCUUUUUUAAUGGACUGAAUGCCCUAAUAUUAUCUAACAUGUACGUUUUCAUAUGAUAUUUUAAAUAUAUAAUACUUCAAUUGAAAAAAAUAAAUGAAGGAUUCUAUAGUAUAGUACAGUAUAUAAUAUAUUCUAUAUCAAAGUAACAAAUGUUUUUUAAUGAGUGAAGUGGACAUUUUAAGGUUAGACUUAUUUUUUAAAUUAUUCUUAUUAUCUCAUUGCCACGGUUCAUCAGUACAGGUAAACAUUAAAAUGAAGUUGCCUGCAAAAGAAAGUAUUGUUACAACCAGUGACAGCUAACCAGGCCUAACAGUUCUAUAAUAAUUAUUAUAUAUAAAAAAACUAUUUUUUGAAUAAUGAAGUCCAUGACAAACAAUACUUUCCGGAUACUUUCUGUAGAAACCAUGUUUAUUUAGUAAUAAAAUCAUUGUAAUACUCAUAA